CAUUUUCCAGGUGCAUUGCUCCAGUGACGUGGAAUUCAAUACUACCCUUUCACCGCUUAUUUAUUCUUCACCACUUUCCAAUCCAAAGAGUCGUGCGUCUAGUUAGUUGUAGUAUCAGCGACUGCUGUUGACUGCGAGCAGAGACAUGGAACCGAAUAGCGACCCUCUCUCAAGCGAUUUCCCGCCCAUCUUCGCCGGCGCCGCUACCAACUGACCUCUCCCCGACGAUUGGCUUCUCUCACCGCGACUGCACAUACUUUUACUGUUGGGUUGUUACUUGAAAUAGGCACAUUGUGGAUGCUUGGGGCCUACAAUCCCAUUCACGGUGGGCUUUGUUCUCUACUGGAGAACAAAGGGCUGUUCCCAGGUGUGCAUCAACCAGCAAUCCUAGAUUCAUAAUCUUACCUGGUAUAAAACUCGGCGAAUACCUCCACCUCAAAUAGCAUACAAACAUGUCGACACCACCUUCAUCGCGCAGUUCGUCGCGCGGAACUCCUCAGCGACCCUCUACGCCCGACCAUUCAAGACCUACAACCACGCGAACAGCCUCUUACCCCGUUGCGCCCAAGUCAGAAUACCUGCGCCAUGCGCUUCAGGCCCGCAGAGCACAACACACGCCCACUCCAUCUCCUUCGGAAAUGAGACCAUCACCUCCACCUGCUGCGAAGCCCUUGGAUCUCAUGACACCCAAAACCUCGCCUGACAUUUUUGCGGAGUUUGCCCUGUCCGAGGAACAAACCACUCCCGUCUCACCCAUCCGCCGAAGAAGACCGAGCGAUGCGGGACCGCCACGUUCCAAAACAAAUCGAGAGCUGACCAGCGAGAUCGAUAGGCUAAAGGACAGCCUCAUGACGUCCAACAUGCGGGUCGAGCUGCUGAAAAAGAGCAACUCUGAGUUGCAACAUAGCUUAACAAAGGCGAAGGAAGAGCUGGAGGAACUCGAGCCGCUAGAACAAGAGAACUGCGAGCUGCAUGAUGAGAACAACUAUCUAAAGCUCAGGGUUGAAGACAUGGACGAAGAGAUUUCGCACUUGAAGGAAACCAAUGACGAUUUACACAUGACCAACGAAGAGCUCACUGCGAUCGCUAGCGAAAGCGCUGCGCAUUGGCAAAACCAGGAAUCUGCAAUUGACGAAGCGGCCGAAUGCAUCAUUAAACUGGAGGAAGAAAAGGCCGCGCUUUCGAAAGAGAUGAAGCAACUCAUGCAACGAGUGACUGCUCUAGAAAACGCUUCAUGCGCCAACACACUCGUGGAUGGUAGUCCUGGGAAGUAUCCAUCGCGCGUCCAUAGUGUUGACGAGUCGAGGCCGUCUACCAGCCAUUUCGACUCUGACUACUAUUCUCAGCCAGAUUCGCCUCACGUGCAGACUAAUAGGGAUUCUAUUAAUUCUCUCACGCCCUCGGAGCGCUCCAAGAAGUUCCUUGAUCUAAGCGAAGAACGCAGACGAUCUACACAAGAUCUCGCUAAGCGCAUGUCGGCUGCGUCGCUCAAGGCAUUGAGGUUGCUAGAUGACUCUGCUGCACCUGAGGUUCCGAAGAUCCCGGCCGUAUUUCAGCAGCAGGUCCCUCAUGUUGAUGAGGAAGACCGGCCUGUCAAUCCUACUCCAAAGCCUCCAGGGCGAUACCGCAGAGGGUGGCAGGUUGUGCCACAGUCUCUGCGAGAUCUAGCACGUAUCUCCCCAGUUCGCACAGAUAGGUCAAUCCCACCAUCACCAGCGGCCCAACCUGAAGGUCUACGAGGCCUUUAUCGUCCUGCCAGACACACUAGGAGUAAGACAUCAAACGACUUCCCACCUUCAUCAAAUCAUAUCGUAAAGCCCAAGAACACAGUGAGUUCCGUACGCCGGCAAAUGUCCAUUGCCGACCCAUCACCUCGUGUCCCAUCACGCGGUAGCAGCAAACAUGCACACACCAGCAGUUCGAGCGAGCACCUCCAACAUCAGAGCCCUCGUCACCGACGACAAUCUGAGGCAGACAUAAGCUCGGCAGACUCUACUCCAAAAACUCAGACAGACCCCGGAUCAUCAGAGUGGGGAUCCUUGGCCCCUCCCCCAUCUGUCUCUGUGUUGUCUCAGACUGAUCUAACGACCGAGCUAGAUCCGCGAGAAGACAAGGACAGGUGGUGGCGCGGCGUAGACAAGGUGAAACUCUCCCAAGCAAUGGCACGACCUCAACUUGCUACACCACAAGUGAUAGAGGCCCCGUCACAGAUCAUACCGGAGGCACGCCCCCCUCCAGAAAAGCUAGACGCGAGUAGUACUUCGAUCAGAUCCUCGAGGAGUGGGGAGAAAAACAGUAAGACCACACCGAGUCAACCGGCCUACGAAAGUAACUUCAUGUUCAAUCCAACGGAAGAUGAAGAGACGUUCAUAAAGAAGACAAGGAUGGCCGGUAGUAGGAGAUAGCCAUGAGAGAAGUAGAAGCAGCGAUGAUUGUACGACUAAGCUCUUUCUCUUUUCAGGUGCUAUCUUCAAGCUUUGCAUGGCGUUUUGGAUUUAAAGAAUUGAAAUGGCGUUUUGAAAAGGUACACUCCGCGAGGAGGUCAUGACGGACACUAUAUCCUGGGUUGGAGGUCUUGUCAAAUAUCGCGUCUUAUGUGCGCUUGUUUUCGCUAGAGCAGCGUCUGUAUUUUUAUUAUAAGCAUAAUCAGGAGUCACUUUCUCUAUUCUAUCUAACGUGUUCAC